UGUCCCCAGGCCAGCAGACAACGGAGCAGAAGAAAGGGCACCCGGAGCAACGCCCGCCGGGUGCUACCAACCAGCAUGCUGGUGACCAAAGCGGCCUUCUAACACUGAGGAAUAGAAGAACCACUGCUGGAGUUUGGCACACAAGCUGGGCUACAGACGUUGUUUUUUUCCUGAAAAUAGUGCGUUGGGGGAUGAUCCCAGAGCUCCCUCUUGUGGCUUUCUGAAAUAAACGCCUGUGAAUUCUAAGUGAUGACAUCUGUUUUCAUGACGCUAGUAAAGCCUCCCUCUGGGAAUUCCACCCUGCACCUCCACUACCACUAUGUGGGGAAGCUGGAGAGCAAGUUGGUGGACUCCACAAACAGCAGCACACUCACCACCGUCCUAUACCUGAUCAUCUGCAGCUUCAUCAUCUUGGAGAACCUGAUAGUUUUGAUUGCCAUCUGGAAAAACAACAGGUUUCACAGCCGCAUGUACUUCUUCAUCGGCAACCUGGCUCUCUGUGACUUGCUGGCUGGCAUCGUGUAUAAGGUCAACAUUUUGAUGUCAGGCAAGAAAACUCUCAGCCUGUCUUUGACCGUUUGGUUUAUAAGGGAAGGCAGUAUGUUUGUGGCUCUUGGGGCCUCCACGUGCAGCUUGUUGGCCAUUGCUAUUGAGAGGUAUUUGACUAUGAUCAAAAUGAGGUCUUACAAUGCCAACAAGAAGUACCGUGUCUUCCUUCUGAUUGGGAUGUGCUGGCUCAGUGCCUUAUCGCUAGGCGCCUUACCCAUUCUGGGCUGGAACUGCCUCCACAACCUCCCUGACUGCUCCACCAUCUUGCCUCUCUACUCCAAGAAGUACAUUGCAUUUUGCAUCAGCAUCUUCAUAACCAUUCUGGUGACCAUAGUGAUCCUCUAUGCACGCAUCUAUUUCCUAGUGAAGUCGAGUAGUCGCAAGGUGACCAACCACAGCAACACGGAACGGUCCAUGGCCCUGCUGCAGACCGUGGUGAUUGUGGUGAGCGUGUUCAUCACCUGCUGGUCCCCACUCUUCAUCCUUUUCCUCAUUGAUGUGGCUUGCAGGGUGAAGGAGUGUGCCGUCCUCUUCAAGGCCCACUGGUUCAUCAUGCUGGCUGUACUCAACUCUGCCAUGAACCCCAUCAUCUACACGCUAGCCAGCAAGGAGAUGCGCCAGGCUUUCUUUCGUUUGGUCUGCAACUGCCUGGUCAGGGGCCAGGGUGCCCACCCUUCACCCAUCAAGCUUGCUCUGGAUCCAAGCCACAGCAAAUCAAGCAGCCACAAGGGCAACCACUCUCCGAAGAUCAAGGACAACCUUCCCCAGAUACACAGCUCACCCUGCAUCACUGAAACAGCAAAACCCUAACAAAUGUUCUUUGCAAGUGAGGAUGCUGGCUUUCGGGAGCAGAGAGACUUCACACAUUGCUCACUGUUAAAUUACAGGGGGAGACAACACCCCCGCUGCAGGCAGCAUGCCCAAGGGUUUCUUCAA